ACCUAUUUUUGGCUCAGGCCGGCCAUUGUUCUAUUUCUGCCGCCGCUGGGCCACGCGGGUGUCGAUUCAAAUGCAAAUGAGUUAUCGCUGCUGCUCCCGCCAACUUUGCCCAGCUGAGGGAGAGCCGGCCAGGGAGAGGAGAGGGGUAUGGGGACGGCAACGCUGGUCCGGGCUGCGAUGGGGUUUCUGGACGCGAACAGCUCUUGGCUCAGCAAAGAAUGCACAGUAUGAUCAGCUCAGUGGAUGUGAAGCCAGAGGUUGCCGUGGCAUUAGAGCCUAUCUCACCAUUAGACUUGCGAACUGACCUCAGGAUGAUGGUUCCCAUGGUGGACCCAAUUAUGCGUGAAAAGCAGCUACAGCAGGAACUACUUCUGAUCCAGCAGCAGCAGCAAAUUCAGAAACAGCUGCUGAUUGCAGAAUUUCAGAAGCAGCAUGAAAACCUGACCCGCCAGCAUCAGGCCCAGCUCCAGGAGCACAUUAAGUUACAACAGGAACUCCUAGCCAUUAAACAACAGCAAGAACUCAUUGAAAAAGAGCAGAAACUGGAGCAGCAGAGACAAGAGCAGGAGCUGGAGAGGCAUCGCAGGGAACAACAGCUCCCUCCCCUCCGAGGCAAAGAAAGAGGCCGAGAAAGGGCAGUGGCCAGUACAGAAGUGAAGCAGAAACUUCAAGAGUUCCUGUUGAGUAAAUCGGCAACAAAAGACUCUCCAGCAAAUGGGAAGAAUCAUUCCAUGAGCCGCCACCCCAAGCUCUGGUAUACGGCUGCCCACCAUACCUCACUGGAUCAAAGCUCUCCACCCCUGAGCGGGGCCUCGCCACCGUACAAAUAUGCUUUACCAGGAGCACAGGAUGCCAAGGAUGAUUUUCCUCUUCGUAAAACGGCUUCAGAGCCCAAUUUGAAGGUACGUUCAAGGUUAAAACAAAAGGUGACAGAAAGAAGAAGCAGUCCUCUACUCAGGAGGAAGGAUGGAAACGUCGGUUCAUUCAAGAAGCGACUCUUUGAGGUGACAGAAUCCUCAGUCAGUAGCAGCUCCCCUGGAUCAGGUCCUAGUUCCCCGAGCAAUGGUCCCACCAGCAGUAUAACAGAAAAUGAAAACUCAGUUUUGCCAUCUAACAUUCAAGCUGAGCAUCUGGUUUCACAGCAACGGCUUUUUAUACAGGAUGAAUCAGUGAACUUGCUGAGUUUGUACACAUCCCCUUCUUUGCCCAACAUUACCUUGGGACUUCCAGCAGUGCAACCUCAAAUCAGUGGAGUCAGGGAGUGCUCCAGGAAAAGUAAUAGCUUCCCACUACUACAGGCUUCAUCAUCAUUCAAAGAAAAGCAGAAGGGGGAGACCCAGUCGCUCAGACAAGGAGUGGCCUUGGCUGGACAGUAUGUGGGAAGCGUUCCUCCAUCCUCAACUCAUCCUCACGUUGCUUUGGAGGGAAAGCCAAAUAGCAGCCACCAGGCUCUCUUGCAGCAUCUGUUACUGAAAGAACAAAUGAGACAGCAAAAACUUCUUGUGACUGGAGCGGUUCCUCUUCAUCCACAGUCUCCUUUAGCAGCAAAGGAGAGAGUCUCACCUGGCAUACGAGCUGCCCACAGACUGCCUCGUCACAGGCCACUGAAUCGAACCCAGUCAGCCCCUCUUCCUCAGAGUACUUUGGCCCAGCUGGUUAUCCAGCAGCAGCAUCAACAAUUUUUGGAGAAGCAGAAACAGUACCAGCAGCAGAUCCACAUGAAUAAGAUGCUGUCUAAGUCCAUUGAGCAGCUGAAGCAGCCUGGCAGUCACCUGGAGGAAGCUGAAGAAGAGCUUCAUGGAGAUCACUUGAUGCAGGAAGAGCGAGCUCCUGCCAGCGGGGCCAGCAUUAGGGCUGAGAGCAGCAGUGCUGGUGUGGAUAACAGAAUAGGACAGCAGGUGGGGGCUGUGAAAGUCAAAGAGGAGCCACCGGACAGUGAUGAGGAUGUUCAGACCCAGCAAAUGGAAUCUGGGGAGCAAGCUGCUUUUAUGCAACAGGAGUUCCUGGCACAUCGGCGUGUCCACCAGUUGCAAAUCUACCAGGCUCAGAUGGCUACAGUUGGCAUGGCGGGAUUAGAUAAACAUCAGCCAGUGUUCAGGACCCCAUCUUCCCCCGCUGAUUCCACAUUACCUCAAGCAGAUAUGGACCAGCCCAGCCAGCAUGUCUACACCACUGGUGUUGUAUAUGACAGUCUCAUGUUGAAGCACCAGUGUAUGUGUGGCAACUAUGCUAAUCACCCUGAACAUGCCGGAAGGAUCCAAAGCAUCUGGUCAAGGCUGCAAGAAACUGGGUUGCUAAACAAGUGUGAGCGAAUUCGAGGUCGAAAAGCCAGUCUGGAGGAAAUACAGCUGGUUCACUCUGAACAUCAUUCACUGCUGUAUGGCACCAGCCCCUUGAACAGACAGAAGCUGGACCCCAGGAAACUCCUAGGAAAUGUGUCUCAAAAACUCUUUUCCUUGUUGCCUUGUGGAGGACUUGGGGUGGACAGUGACACCGUUUGGAACGAGCUGCACUCAGCCGGGGCUGCACGCAUGGCGGUGGGCUGUGUCAUCGAGCUGGCGGCCCGCGUGGCCUCCCGGGAGCUGAAGAAUGGCUUUGCUGUUGUAAGGCCCCCAGGCCAUCAUGCUGAAGAAUCAACAGCCAUGGGGUUCUGCUUUUUUAAUUCGAUUGCAAUUACUGCCAAAUACUUGAGAGACAAGCUAAAUGUAGGCAAGAUAUUGAUUGUAGAUCUGGAUGUUCACCAUGGCAACGGUACACAGCAGGCUUUUUAUGCUGACCCCAGCAUCCUGUAUGUUUCCCUCCAUCGCUAUGAUGAAGGCAACUUCUUCCCCGGCAGUGGAGCCCCAAAUGAGGUUGGAAGUGGCCCUGGUGAAGGUUAUAACAUAAAUAUUGCUUGGACAGGUGGCUUGGAUCCUCCUAUGGGUGAUGUUGAGUAUCUCACAGCAUUCAGAACUGUGAUUAUGCCAGCUGCCAAUGAGUUUGAUCCAGAGAUUGUCCUGGUGUCAGCAGGAUUCGAUGCUGUGGAAGGCCACGACCCUCCCCUGGGAGGGUACAAAGUCACAGCUAAAUGUUUUGGUCACCUAACCAAGCAAUUGCUGAAGCUAGCGGAUGGCCGUGUUGUGCUGGCACUGGAGGGAGGACAUGACCUUACUGCCAUCUGUGAUGCAUCUGAAGCCUGUAUAAACGCCCUUUUAGGAAAUGAGCUGGAGCCUCUCCCAGAAGACAUAGUGCACCAAAUCCCCAAUAUGAAUGCAAUAGCUUCUUUAAAAAAGACCACUGAAAUUCAAAGCAAGUACUGGAAGUCAGUGGAGCCAUACUCUGUGCCAGUGGACUGUGCUCUGGCAGAGUCUCAGAAACAAGAGAGGGAGGAGACAGAAACGGUAUCUGCUAUGGCCUCUCUUUCAGUGGAUGUUCAGCAGUGUAUCCCUCAGGAAAGCAGCAGAGCUGCUGGCGAGCCCAUGGAAGAAGAGCCAGCCUUCUGAAGUGCCAAGUCCUCCCUGAUAUUUCCUGUGGGUGACAUCAUUGUGUAUCCCCCAAAAGCACCCUCAGACAUGUCUUGUCUGCUGCUUGGGUGGCACAGAUCAGAUGGAACAUAAACACUGGGCACAAAACUGAAUAGCAACUUCACUUGUUCUUUGGAUGGACUUGAAAGGGCCCUAAAGAUUCCUUAAAUAUAACCGCUACAAUUCUAGAGUUACAGUAAAACGGGCUUGGGAGAAAGAGCCUAGAGCAUGCUUUUUAUAUGCUGUUUGACCCACUCACAACAUAAAUUGUGAAAUAGAGUAUUACAAAAUUCUAUAUGAUAGAUUAUAGAUACAAGAAUUCCAACAGCCAGCAAAGUGCUCGGUGAAACCCAUGAAUCACUUUCUGACAAUUUUUACUGGGUAAUUUUUUUCAUACUGUGUUAAAUUGUUAAUAGAAUUAGUUUUCUUCGCUCUGUGUAAUGAAAAAAAAAAGGACACCUUUAUUUUAUGAGCCAUUUUUUAACCCGCUGUCAUGGGUUCUUAGCCGAAUAAGUGAAAGGUGUGUAAAUUACAAUGAGGAAAUUUAGCUAAAGGGAAAGCACUUCUUAUUGUACUAUAAAUCCCCUGAAGUACUGUGCUUGUUGGUGCUUUACUUUCUUUUCCCUUCUCCCAGGCAUCCCUCCCCAUUUCAUGUAAUCUCUUCUAUCGUGAAAACACAUUCUAAAAUGAGUGAUCUUCUGCCUUUAAAGAAAAAAAGUGCUGUACCCUCUGUAUUUGACAGUAGCUCUCACCAUAUGUGCAGCAGAGAUCAAGUGUGGAUGGCUUUUCAAAUGUGUUUUUACUUUGUUCUGAAAUCUUUCUGCAUCCUGACUCUAAGAGCAGCGAUCUUCAGUAACUGCGUGCAGUUCAUCUGAAGCGCCGGUGUUUCUGUGGAGGUUGUGUUGAGGGUGUUUUUACAGGUUGUCAUGUGGAUACAAACUGAUUCUUUAUAUAGUCCUGCACCAAGAGAACUGAUGUUGCUUAAGAAGCUUCUAACGGUUUAUGCUUUAUUUUAGCUCCCCAAAGUGCAGCAAGAUCUCCAUGCAAUGUGACUUUAGCUGUUUAAUUCCAUGUUUGAGAACGUAACAUAUAGUUGUGCCUUUAGCUGAUAAUGAACGCUUAAACUGUUACACGUGUUGCCUUACCGUCAGAGAAAGAGAUAGGGCAUGUAUGUAAGACUACUUCGAAUGAACAAAACUCUGCUACAGCAAAUUUUAUUUUGUUUACAACUUUCUCACCUAAUGAACCCUUGGAGAUACCUUGAAGUAUUCAGCUUGCAGUAUUUAAUAGCUCUCUCAGCUUUUAAACGCAAGUGAUGUUCAUUUUUAUAUAUUUUCCAAACUCAAAGGAUAUAUUAAAGCCAUAAGUGAAGAC